AUGGAAUGCACUAACAGUGUGGUCAAGAGGAAUAUUGUUUUUAAAUCUCAAUUUUGUGGAAUUCGGCUAGGAAGCCUUGAUUGGCACGAUUCCAGAACAAUUCAGGUUUUCGGAUAUAGUGACGGUCUCUACAAUCUUAAAGACAGAAGAACCUAUAUCAGAUUGUCAGCGCCAUCUGCUUCACCGUUUAAUGAUAUAUGGAGGAAUGUAAAUAUUCCAUCCAUAGAGGUUAAAGUAGUCGACAAAGAUGCUUUUCUAACAAAUAGCAUAUGUCAAAUUUACAACGAUCCGCAUGUUAUAACCUAUGAUGGAAAAUAUUACGAAUAUAUGAAUGUUGGAGAAUUCGUCAUUUACAGAAAUGAUAUAGGUCCAUAUUGGGUAACUUUACCAAUUGGAACAGAAAUAAGGUUUGAAAUGGCAAGGCGUUUAAUAAGUCUAAUUUCAAUCAAACCAUCCGUGUAUGAUAUACAAACAGCGAAAGGACUAUGUGGAGUUCCCAGUAAAUGGAAAGACUCUUCGGAUGAUUUCACACAUCGUGAUGACGGACCAAUUAGCAAUGAUCAACUAUUUGCAGAUUCUUGGAGAAUAAGUCCGUACAUGAUAAAUGAACAGCUAUUCGCCGAGCAUCCGUUAUUCGAGAGAGGAAAACAAGAUGGGUAUUCCAUUGUUGUGGUGGACACUACUGAAAGCAAUACUCAUAUUGGACGAUUUUGUGCCUGUAAAGAUCAAGCAAGUAGUACUGACUCUGUUGACGACUUUUAUACUCUGCAUUGCAACUUAACAGAAAGCACGGAACAAUGUUCCGAAUCGGCUGGUACUAGCGAUGGGACAGUGCAUUACGCAUCCUGCUCACAACCAAUAAGGAAGAAACGAUCUUUGAGGUUUGCAUAUGAAAGAAGAAGACGAAGUGUAGAUGAAAAUGAUGAUAAUGUUGAUUUCGACUCAUUAACAUACGAUGAAGACGUAAAUGACACUGAAAUCGAACCCCCAAAAACAUUUAGAAACGGUUGGACCGCAGACAAAGCUUACCAGACAUGCUAUGACAGUAUUAAAAAUGCUGUUCCAGAAAAUGUUUACAACAAAUAUGUAGAUGUUCCUGUAAAUAGUUAUGUUAAAUCAUGCGUCAGUGAUAUAGAGCUAACAGGAGACACGACGUUUCUUCAAGAUACUAUCAAUGCCAUGAUAACAUUCAUUAUGACAGAGCUAGUGAAAACGGAGAAGCUUUAUUUGACAAGGCAAGGAUCAGGAACAUUAUUAGAAUAUGUUACAGGUUUUCUCUGUCCAAAUCAGUGUAGUAGCCAUGGAGAAUGUAAAUCAGGAGUUUGCACAUGUGACAGAGAGUUUAUUGGUGAAGACUGUUCUUAUAAUAUAUCAGUUCCCCCUAGUGAUACAAGUCUACCUUUUAGUGGUUUAUGUAAACUCAGAAGUAGGACCUGCAGAUCAACAAACAUUUUGGGGGAUUUUUUGUCGAAUACUGUUUGGUGCAAGAUACAAUAUUUUCAGGUAUAA